UUUCCCAGCGGCCACACCACAGUCCUUAAUAGUUUUUCUGGUAGUCUGGCGAGGGGCUUCCAGCGCGGUGCGGCUGUGCGAACUACAUUACCCAGAGAGCUAUGCGCUGAGCGUCCACUACGUCAAAGGAAUGAAAGUUCAGGAAAAGGGCAUUUUCACGGGGGCAAUCGCACUAGGGUGGGGCUUCCGGACUGUUCCUGGUGGUCAUUUUAGCGGCUUUCGGGUUGCGUUGCGAGCUCAGAGGCUCCGGCUCCGGCUCCCACAGGUCUGGGUGCAGGUGACAGACAGACAAAGCGCGAGAGGAGGCUUUGCAUCCACUUGCACAGCGACUAGUUGAGGGUAGGGGGAAUCGCUGCCCGUGAGGCUGACCUUGAGACGUCUGUGCAGGGGCCCCCUCCAGGUCGCUUGGCUGUCACCACUCCACUCCUCCCCGCCGUGGGGCGGCGGCCUUGCUGAGGUUUCCAUGGCAGCAGAAGUGCUUUUGGAGCCUACACAGGGAUGUGUGACCUUUGAGGACGUCGCCCUUUAUUUUUCCUGGGAGGAAUGGGAGCUCCUUGAUGAGACUCAGAAAUGCUUGUACCAAGAUGUGAUGCUUGAGAACUUUGCACUUACAUCCUCGCUGGGCUGUUGGAGUGGAGUGGAAGGUGAUGAUGUACCUUCUGAACAGAGCAUUUAUUUAGAAGGAGCAUCACAAAGCAGGACUUUUAAAGCAGGUUCAGAUCUCCAGAAGAUCCAGCUCUUUGAGAUGUGUGGCCCGAUCCUGAAAGAUAUUUUACACUUGGCUGAGCAUCAGGGAACACAUCUUGGGCAGAAAACAUACACAUGUGAGAAACUGUUCUUCAUGACCAACCUUCAACAGUACAGGGAGCAACACACUAGAAGUUCUGUGGACAGAGCUUUGUUUACAAAGGACUGCAGAGUGUAUGCGUCAGAGAAGCCCUUUAUUUGUGGGGAGAUUGGGAAGGACUUUUUAGCCAGGCUGCAAUUCUUUCAUCAACAGAUCACUCACACUGGGAAGAAGCCAAACAACAGUAAUGAGUGUGAGGCUGCCUUUCACAGUGGAAAAAAUCUUCACAGCUGGGGAGAAUGCAAGAAGACCUUUAGGUACACAGACACACUUGCUCAGAACCAGAGAGUCCUCACUCAAGAAGGGCUUUAUGAAUGCAGUAAAUGUGGAAAAGCCUGUACCCGAAGAUGUAACCUAAUUCAGCACCAGAAAGUUCACAGUGGAGAAAGGCCUUUUGAAUGCAGUGAAUGUGGGAAAUUCUUUACCUACUGUUCCAGCUUCAUUAUACAUCAGAGAGUUCACACUGGAGAAAGGCCUUACGAGUGCAAUGAAUGUGGGAAAUCCUUUAGCCAAAGCUACAGACUCAAUAGUCAUAGGAAAGUUCACACUGGAGAAAAGCCCUAUAAGUGCAGGGAAUGUGGAAAAUCUUUUAGCCAAAGGUCCAAUCUCAUUCAACAUCAAAGAGUUCACACUGGAGAAAGGCCUUAUCAGUGUAGUGAGUGUGGGAAGUCCUUUACCCAAAACUUUAGCCUUAUUUACCACCAGAGAAUUCAUACUGGAGAAAGGCCUCAUCAGUGUGGUGAGUGUGGGAAAUCUUUUAGCCGAAGCUCCAGCCUCAUUCACCAUAAGAGACUACACACUGGAGAAAGGCCUUAUGAGUGCAGUAAAUGCGGGAAAUCUUUCAAGCAAAGCUCUAGCUUCAGUUCACAUAGAAAAGUCCACACAGGAGAAAGGCCUUAUGAGUGUUUGGAAUGUGGAAAAUCCUUUAGCCAUAGCUCCAACCUCAAGAACCACUGGAAAGUUCACACUGGAGAAAGGACUAUUGACUGCAGUGAAUGUGGGAAAUCCUUUAGCUGCAAAUCUAACCUUGUUAAACACCUGAGAGUUCACACUGGAGAAAGGCCUUAUGAGUGUGGGGAAUGUGGCAAAUCCUUUAGCCAAAGCUCAAGCCUUAUUCAACACCGAAGAGUUCACAGUGGAAAAAAGCCUCAUGAGUGCAUUGAAUGUGGCAAAUCCUUUAGCUGCAAAUCUGACCUCAUUCAGCACCACAAACUUCACACUGGAGAAAAGCCUUAGAUGUAUAGGGAAUGUGCAAUUUCCUUUUAGUAUAAUUACACUGGAGGAGAGAAUUUGUGAGGGAGCCAUUUACCUGAAUUACAACCCAUACAUCAGAAAAUCCACAGUGGAAAGAUCCUUCUUAAAUUCUGGGUGUAGGAAUCUUUAAGGAACUGUUUUACACUUUCUGACCUGCCCAGGGCCCUUGCUAGAUAUAUGUCACUACCAGUUUCUAUAGCAGAAUUCAUUUCACCUCUACCACCUGGCAGGUCCACACAGUGUGUGUCAGUCACCACCUUAGCCACCUCAGGGAAUUGGACCUCUAGGUACUCUUCCAGGGUUCUUCUCAUUCCUCUCUCUUUUAUAAGUUAGGUCAUAGACCUCACUCAGUUUUGUCCCACUGGACCAGAUCAGAGUUUUGCUGGUGACUUUGUCAAGAGGACCGUGUUUAUAAGGACAUGUUAAUUUCAUAUGACACUUACUUGGACUUUCCCAGCUUCCAAGUCACCAACGUGGAAACUGCCGGCCACUUAUUGCCUUGGAUUUUAUAAGAAUAAAGGCAUUAUUGUUUAAGCC